AUGCCAGCGUUCUUGACGCGGAUAACUCUAUUUUGUGCAGAAACUUCUACUGAGAAGAGGAGAAGGAAGAGACAGGUGCCCGUCCCGGUAACCCCUGAAGAAUUAGAGGAUGAAAAUAUGGAAGUUAACGGUUCCAUAUCUUUUCUGGAGAAGAAUUAUUCGAAGCUCAAUAGAAACCAAAAGUAUAAACAAAAGCGCUCAUCCGUUCGUCUAAUACCAGCACCAAAAUUUUACAUCAACGCCGCUCAGACGCUGAAUUCUGAAGAAUCAACCUUUGCUGGACGUCGAGACGUUACCGACCCUCAAACUUUGCGAGAAACACGAAUUAUCAGUGAAAAAGGAACUGUUCGUGGAUAUAAAAAUCGUGUUCGGGCUGGAAUUGUGACGUUCUUGCAGGGACAAGAAUCUGAGGAGUGGAAUUAUCUCCAGUCUGAAAAGGGAAGAAUUGUUGUCUACAUGACAAGUAUGAGGAUUGUAAGAAGAACUCAUGAACGUUGUAGAACUGUACAAAAAAUCCUACAAGCCCAUUUGGUUAGAUAUGAAGAGAAAGACCUUUUUAUGAGCAAAGAUAACCAAAAGGAACUCAUGGAAAGACUUGGACAAAAAGAUAUCAUAAUACCCCAGAUAUUUGCAGAUGGAUUAAAUAUUGGAUCUGCAGAGACAUUGGAAAUGAUGAAUGAAACAGGAGAACUGAAGGAGAUUUUAAAGAAAUUUGAAAAAAUAAAUAUUAAUUCAUAUUGUAAAAAAUGUGGAGGUUAUCAAUAUGUACCAUGUUCUGUUUGCCAUGGAAGUAAGCGUUCUAUACAUCGGAAUAAUUUUACAGAAGAAUUUGCUGAGCUUCGAUGUGUUUAUUGUGAUGAGAAUGGACUUUUAAAAUGUGAUAACUGCAAAGAACAACAAGAGUAA